AUGGCAUCAACGUUGUUUAUCGCUUCCUUUGCCGUUUUCCUGACGUUUACGUUUCUAACUCCGUCAACUUCCACGGAAGUCGUCUCUCGACUCGACGUCCUCGGAUGGGUUUGCAACAACGGCUCCGUCCCGGACUUGGAGGCUUACCGCAGAUCUUAUCAGAUCAAUAUCGACAAGACCAGAGAUGACAUGAGGAACCUCAAGUUCGGGACUCAUGAAGACGGUGUCCCUCCUCAGAAGAUGUACUUUUUGUCGCAAUGCGUUAGCGAUCUCUCGCCUGACGAAUGUAGUCUCUGUUGGUCACGCGCCACCGAUCUCCUCUUUAAUUGUUUUCCCUCCCCCGGUGGUCGGUUUUACCUCGACGGUUGUUUCGUUAGGGCUGAUAAUUACAGCUUCUAUCGCGAGCCUGUUACACGUCAAGACACCAAGAUAUGUGGUGGUGAUGAGUCGUCGUCGUCUAGAGAAUUCAAAGGCUUAGUAAAGGAAGUGACCAAGUCCAUAGUUGAUACGGCUCCAUACAGCCAAGGCUUCUCGGUGGUGGCUAGGAAGAGCGUACACGGCUUAACUGCUUACGGAUUAGGAAUAUGCCGGCAAACGCUAGACGAUGAGUUGUGUCAACUGUGCUUAGCAGAUGGAGCUUUAUCGGCAACUAGCUGCUCACCAGCCACAGAAGCCUUCGUCAUGAAUGCAGGAUGCUACUUGCGUUACUCUAACUAUACCUUUUAUAACGAACGUGAAUUGCUUUCUAUGAGUUUAACGAAAGAACAUGUUCUGCGUAUACUGGUGAUUUCUAUGGUGUGUGUCUUGGCUAUUGCAUCUGGAUUUUGGUGUGGAAAAUGCAUUUAUUUGGGAGCUAGUUCAAAGAAGAAGCUUAAAGGAACUAAGACUAAAAAAAGUUAUCACUUGUUUGGACAUCUAAGGAUAGAGAAGGAGUCAAAGUCUGUAUCUAAUAACUCAAACUUGAUGUGCUUUAAGUAUUCAACUCUUGAGAAAGCAACCAACAACUUCAAUGAGAGUUGCAAGCUUGGUGUUGGAGGAUAUGGUGAAGUCUUCAAGGGAACUCUGUCUGAUGGCAGAGAGAUCGCUAUAAAACGUUUGCAUAUAUCAGGAAAUAAGACACGAGAAGAGAUUCAUAAUGAAAUAGAUGUGAUUAGCAGAUGCCAACACAAGAACUUGGUCAGGCUUAUAGGUUGCUGCUUCACUAACAUGAAUAGUUUCAUUAUUUAUGUGUUCCUCGCUAAUUCAAGCCUUGAUCACAUCUUGUUUAACUCGGAGAAGAAGAAAGAGCUAGAGUGGAAGAAGAGACGGGCAAUAAUCUUGGGAACAGCAGAAGGGUUGGAGUAUCUUCAUGAAGCUUGUAAGAUCAUUCACAGAGAUAUUAAAGCAAGCAACAUUCUGCUAGACUUAAAGUACAAACCGAAAAUCUCAGAUUUUGGUUUAGCAAAGUUCUAUCCAGAAGGUGGCAAAGACAUCCCUUCUUCCUCUCCCUCUCCUUCUCCCAUUGCUGGCACACUAGGAUACAUGGCUCCUGAGUACAUUAGCAAGGGCAUACUAAGCAAUAAGAUUGACGCUUAUAGCUUUGGAGUCCUUGUUCUUGAAAUAACCAGCGGUUUUAGAAACAAUAAGUUCCGGUCUGAUAACUCCCUUGAAACCUUAGUUACUCAAGUCUGGAAAUGUUAUGCUUCAGACAAGAUGGAGGAGAUGAUAGACAAAGAUAUGGAAGAAGAGACAGAUAAGACAGAAGUGAAGAGAGUGAUGCAGAUCGGUUUGUUAUGCACACAAGAGUCUCCACAGCUUCGUCCAACAAUGUCUAAGGUUAUAGAAAUGAUUAAUUCUACGGAUCUUGUAUUGCCCACUCCUACAAAACCGCCGUUCCUUCAUGAUUCUAUGUAG